UCCAUCACAACAGCGCAUGCGCGAAUUCAAGGUGAAGCUAGCGUGAAUGAACCUAUGGGAUGAACUUAGCUGCGACUGUUAUGAUAACUAGUCUUACGUGACUUCGGUCUUUCUAAACAUCUGCACGAGUAAUAGAAAGUAUCACGUAACGCUAGCAGGUACAACUCCAGCGUCUUUGUAUUGGGGUGGUCUGUCCUACACCGCCAAUGGCCGCUAAGUAAGGCUGGCUUCUACUUUCAACUGUUAGAAACAUAAGUGGACACUGCAGGAAAACAGGCCCACCAGGAUGGCCAGUGUAAGUCAACACGUGUGUGUGUGUGUGUGAGAGAGAGAGAGUUAGUGCAGUAGUCCCUGGGGGACAUUCCGUUUGUUAUCUCCCUGUUAUUUAACAUGCAUGCACAGUGCACACCAUAGAUGUGCAGCUGGAGAUGUUGGGGGAACAGUGUGUAGGAUUUAGGAUGAUUUAUUGGCAGAAGUUGUAGAUAAUAUUCAUAACUAAGUUUCAGUGGUGUAUAAACACCUGAGACUAAGAAUCAUUGUGUUUCCGUUAAUUAAGAGUAUGUUAAACCAAGUCUGUGUUACUAAAGUGUCUAGUUUAUAUCUGAAGAGCUCUUCAUAUCUACACAGGGAGCCGGUCUUCUUCACAGAGUCCUCCAUGUUGCACCGCCAUGUUUCUACAGCAGCCCAGAAGGGACAAACUGAACACAGACUCUAGAGAGAGACCUCUGUGUUUUUACGUUGCUUGAAGGCCGCUGUAGUUCUCUGAAUACUCUCGGAGAGGACGGCUGUAGCUCAGGGUAGAGCAGGUCCUCCUUUAACCACAAUGUUGGACAAUAUCCUUUAAAAUAAAUAAAUCUGUUAACGUGGAAACAGAGCCUUAUUUGAAGCGGUUGCAUGUGCAGUAUGUGUACAUACAUAUGAGUGUAGGCUGAAUAAAAGAAACGCCGCUCUUUAUGAACUCCAUUAUCCAAAAUGAUCAUACAGUUAAAUCAACAGGUGCUGUGCAGCAGAGCCAGGCUGGUCAGUUACCUCCCAGGGCUGCAUGUGUUGGUGCAUCGUGUGGCCGGAGCCAGAGCCUCCUCUACUGCUGGAUCAUCGGGCUCUGAUGAGCCCCGCAUAGCCAUCACUCCCUCUGACAUGGUGUGGCCCGAUGAGAGCAUGGGCCCUUUUGGACCCCAGGACCAGCGCUUCCAGCUGCCCGGUAAUGUGGGAUUUGACUGCCACCUGGAGGGAUUAGCGGAGCAGAAGAAGAGCCUGCCACCAAACGCUAUCCCUGACGUGCUGUCCUCCCCGUCCAGCAGUGACAGACAUGACUUCAUUCUGGCCCAGGUCAUCGGAGAGUUCUUUGAGAAAGAUGAGCCAGCCUCGUCUCACAACGUCAGUCGAGCUGAGCAGUACUUUGACAGCUCCAGUCUGGAGUGUGCCAUACAGUCCUGCCCUGAACUCCUAAAGAAAGAUUUCCAGUCCAUGUUUCCUGAGGCUCCAUCCACUGGUAUGAUGGUGGUCACAGUGACCCAAAAGACCCAGAACGAUAUGACGUCAUGGAGUGCUGAGGUGGGACAGGAGAGAGAUCAGAUGCUUGACAAGUUUGUUGAUGGAGCGAAGGAGAUCUGCUGCGCUCUGCAGAGGGAGGGCUUCUGGGCCGACUUCAUCGACCCGUCCUCGGGCCUGGCGUUCUUCGGCUCCUACACCAACAACACGCUGUUUGAGACCGAUGACCGGUACCGUCACCUGGGCUUUCAGAUCGAGGACCUGGGCUGCUGCAGAGUGAUCCGGCACUCCCUGUGGGGGAGCCAUGUUUUUGUGGGGACUAUAUUCACCAGCGCACCGCCCAGCAGCCUCGUCAUGAAGAAGCUGCAGAGCUGAACACAAUUCUUUAAGAACAUUAUGAACCUUGCAGUAUGUAUGUAUUGAUUUCUAAUGUAGAUUACAGUCCCGCUGGCUGAAAGCGGCUGUCUUCAUAUUAAAGUGGUCGUUGACUAAACUGAAUGAGACCCCUCUCAGUACCACCAGCCCUCUGUCUCACUGCUGAUGUCAUUGUGUGUCUGAGCUGUCAUCACGUGACUCCAUGAGCUCUACUGGAGCUGUGACUUCACCCGUCCAUCUUAAAGUGUUCGUCUUUGGAAACUUCAAAAAGCAGAAAAUAGAUCCUGCUUCCUGCUGCUGCUGCUUAGAAAAGACUAUUUAGAGGAAAGCAGAAUAUAUGAUACUCUAAAUACUCUAAAUACUUUAGUUCAGUGCUGGGGAAAUGUUGUCAACAACAGUGUUAUUGUGGAGAACCUGAAGUAAUUCUGGUGAAACAUGUUUGGCAGUUGUGCUAAGCUUCCUAAAGUGUGGGGGUGCAGUUACCUGCGCAGUUUGGAUCCCCGAUUCUUGUUGAGUGCAAUGCAUGUUGGGUAGUGAUUUAGUCCGACUUCCUCUGGAGGCUCGACUGCAUGAAAUGUGAGAGUCCCCCGGGACCAAUACGCACAGAAGGAAGGGUUGAUGGGAAAUGCUGAGUGCUCACUGUGAGUUCUUACAUUGGUGCUGCUGAUGAAACUCUUCAUCAGAAGGCUCACGUCACCACUCACAACGACAUGACAACACUUCCAUCAUCAUUCUUCAUCUUUGGUCCACAAUUUGUAUCUACAUGAACUUCAGCAGUAUCAAAGUAUUUAAUGAGGACAUUUCUGACCUGUUGGUCUUUUCUCCAUCAAUGCAAACUGCUCAAAACCACGGAGAGAAAACACAUGUAAUCAGAUUACCCUCCAUAGAACCCCUAACAGCUUAAUCCAGCUGUGUCAAAAAUGAAUGACAAGAACUCUCUAAAGUCACUUGUGUGUAAAGAACAAAUGAUCAUUUACACAUUAAGUGGAACUAAAACACACAAACACUGUAUGUAUCUUGCUAAACUAAUGUUACUGUUGAUUACAUGCACUACUGGCUGUUACUGCUGAUGUGCUCACAGGAAAAGAGAUUCACCUCUUGAUUCAAGGCUGGAGCUCAAAGUGCAUGUGAACAUGGUCACAUUUAUUUUAGGCCCUCAUUAAAAAUGUUCAAUAUUUAGGUAAACUUCUGAAUGUUGUCAGUAUUGGGGAGUCUCUAGUCCUGCGUUCACACAUACGCCUGCUCUACAAGGGUUCGGGCUACACAACCUAAAGUCUCAAACAUCUCCGUCCCAGCUGCUCUCAUUAACUGAAAGGGUUUCAUUUCAUUUUCCCAUGUUUUUGUGUCUAAGGUCCAGUCCCAACGUCCCCCUACAGGCCUUAAGAAGCUUAGCCAACCCACAGCAUUAGUUGAACUGUUACUUCCUGUAACUGUAUGUAAUCAUGGCCAGGACUCUCUCUGCUCACAGAGAACUCUACAGCUUUGUUGUAACUUCUGUCUCCACUGUGCAGUGAAUGAAACUCAUCUCAACCAGACACAGAAUUGGACCUGAAAGAAACUUUUCUUUAGCACUCUCCAAUGAAGGGUUAAGGACAGAGGAUGUCGUAUUACAGAUUGUAAGGCCCUCAGAGGUCAUUUAUUCAAUAGGAAGAAUGAGGUCGUGGAUAUCCGAAAUGUUGUUUUUGAGUCAGAAGAGUUGAAUUACAGAUAUAUGCAAUAUAUACAUUCUAGCUAUUAAAUUCAUUAUCGUCUGCACUAGGUGUAAACUUCUUGUGUACAGUCAAAAUAAAGUCUCUAGUUUCUAAA